GGCUGUGGAUGGGUUAGAGUAGUGUGACAUGUGUAGCUGGUAAAAGCCCGGUACUGCGGCACAGCGCGGAAACAACUCAGCAAAAGAAGCCAAGAGGAAUACUGCAAACAGACAGACGCCGAUAUGGAGAGCCACAGGAUAGACCGCCUUCUUGAGCUCGACAGAAUGCAACCAUGAGUCUUAUGGCAUAGUGUGUGUGUGUGUAUGUGUGUUUCCUUUUUUUUGUGAACGUGCAUUCGGAAAUAUGCAGCUGUGGAGAAGGAGAGAGCUGCAUUAAACAUGAUGAAGACCGAAGCAUCCUCAGCAGCCAGCCUGCGGAGUGCCUCUCCCCAUCGCAAUGCCUACGAGGCGGAGAUCCAAGCGCUGCAGAAGCCCAGCCAGACGAGCAACGGGGAGGAGAAGCCGGGCGAGGAUGCCGAGUGCAGGAAGCAGAGCAGGGGCAAGAAGUACGGCUCCAACGUGCACAGGAUCAAGAACAUGUUCCUGCAGAAGAUGAGCACCCCGCCCAACGAGGCCACCGGCAUCCCGGGCAAGGGCAAGGAGAGGUCCGUCAAGUUGUCCCUGCCCAGGGCCAGCAGCCUCAACGAGAACGUGGACCACAGCGCCCUGCUCAAACUCGGCACCAGCGUGUCGGAGAGGGUGAGCCGCCUCGACACCAAGUCCGAGAGACCUCUCUCCAAGCUGCAGGAGACCAGGAAGAUGUUCGAGAAGAACAUCCAGGAGAAGAACCUGUCCAACCGCAUCUUGCUGAAGAAGGAGAGGGCCGGGCUGAAGGACAGCAAGCUGGACGUGGUGGUCCGCUUCAACGGGAGCACCGAGUCGCUGGACAGCUUGGAGACCGAGGCCAUCUCGCCCACGGUGAGCCAGCUGAGCGCCGUGUUCGAGAGCGGAGCCCACCAGAAGAAGGCUGGCGCCCUUGACAAGGCGACCAGGCACGGCUCCUCCUCGCCCAACGCCAAACCCUUGCCCAAGAAGUCGAGGCUGGCUCUCAAAAGUCAACAGGAUGCACUUAAAACAGAGGGCGGGCCCCACAGUGAUGCAGACCUCUCCCUUGAUCUAGCUGGUCCUGGCCAAUUCAGGAGAGAGACCGAGGACCUGCAGACCGAGAGGUCGUUGACUGGCUCCCCAUCCAGAAGCAACCUAGCCAGCAAGCUGGCAUCGUUGGUGAAGCAUGGGGACAGUCUAAAAGAAACGAGGCCUGUGGCCACCUCACAGAAGUCACACAGAGUUGAAGAAGUGAGGAAAAUUAGGCCAGUGGAUGUGGAGGAGGACACUGUAGAGUUGGAGCAGGAAUCUGGACCUACAGAUGAUGGAGAUGAUUUUGAACUUGCCCCCAAGGACUUUCAGCAGGAGGAAGCUGGCACAGAGACUGGUGACCCUCAUUUGGUAGAGACAGACUCACAAGCUCAGGAUGUUAGCUCGGAAAAUGGAGACUUUCUCAAAGAUUCCUUGGAUAAUUUUCAGCCCCUGUCACUGGAUUCCGGAGAGGAGAUUGCACAUCAGAUGGAGGGGUCCCUGUCCUCGAAAGCAGGUUCCUUUGAAGACGGAGAGCAGGCUAAAAAUGACCUUGAUCGAGAGGACCAUUGCAGGAAAACAGAAGACUUUUCUGAGGCAGAUAUGGUGGAUAUUAGCGCCUUCAGUGGGGUUGGCGAUGAAUCAGAAGGAAGUUGUCUGGAUGAUGAUGAAGAUGAUGCAUUUGAACCCGAGAGUGGCUUCUCAGAAAUCACUGGACUAUCCGAUGAAGAGGAACCAGUUCCACACAGGAAGAUUCGAUUCAGCACGGCAUCAAUUAAAGUGUUCACCACCUACUCCAAUGAAGACUAUGACAGACGCAAUGAUGACGUGGAUCCCAUGGCAGCAUCAGCAGAGUAUGAGUUGGAAAAAAGAGUGGAAAGACUGGAUCUCUUUCCCGUGGAACUUGAGAAGGAUGGCGAUGGCCUGGGAAUCAGCAUCAUUGGAAUGGGAGCUGGAGCAGAUAUGGGAUUGGAAAAGUUGGGAAUAUUUGUGAAGACGGUAACCGAAGGUGGAGCUGCUCACAGGGACGGCAGGAUCCAAGUGAAUGAUCUAAUUGUGGAAGUGGAUGGGAUCAGCCUGGUUGGAGUGACCCAGAGUUUUGCUGCCUCCGUCCUGAGGAACACAAAAGGAACGGUCAGGUUUCUGAUCGGACGGGAGAAGCCUGGAGAAACCAGUGAGGUUGCCCAGCUAAUACGUCAAACCCUCGAACAGGAGAGAUGGCAGAGGGAGAUGAUGGAGCAACAUUACGGCCAAUACGUUGAUGAUGAUGAGGAGACAGGAGAGUACGCAACAGACGACGAGGAAGAAGAGAUGAGUCCCAUGUUCGCCAACAACGACAUGGCCAUUGAAGUUUUCGAUCUCGCGGAGAAUGAAGAUAUGCUUUCUCCAGUGGAACUGGAUCCUGAGAAGCUGGUGCUCAAGUUCAAGGAGCUUCAGAUAAAACACGCUGUAACCGAAGCCGAGAUUCAGCAACUGAAAAGAAAGCUCCAUUCGACGGAACAGGAGAAAAUGCGUUGGCGGAUGGAAAAAGUCCAGCUGGAGCAAAGUGUUGAGGAAAACAAGGAGCGGAUGGAGAAGCUGGAGAGUUACUGGAUGGAAGCGCAAACACUCUGCCAGGCAGUGGAUGAGCAUCUGAAGGAGACACAGGCUCAGUACCAGGCACUGGAGAGGAAGUACAGCAAAGCAAAGCGCCUGAUUAAGGAAUACCAGCAGAAGGAAAUAGAGUUUCUGAAAAAGGAAACAGCUCAAAGAAGAACAUUGGAAGAAACUGAAAAUUCACACAAAGAGGAGAUUGAGAAACUUCAGAAUAAGGUAACAGAACUGGAGUCAAGUUUAGAAUCACUGAAGAAUUCCAAUGCAAUUUAGAUAAGAAAAUAGCAUCACAUCACCUGUACUUAAAAUAAACUUUCAUGCAGGAGCAACAGGUCUUGAAAAAUGGACAUUUUACCUGUUUGUACUCCCCUGAAAGGUUUGUACCAGUUGCACUCAGUGCAAGAGGUUGUGUUUAAGGGAAUUUUUGCAUUAUUGUCUUACAUAUAACAGUUUGCCAAGUCACUUUGGAACAGAUGGCCAAAUUGAAUUUGUCCAGUGCAUUAUGAAUGGGCUGCAAUGAACUGGUCUGACUAGAUUGGACUUGUUUCUCAAGUCACAGAACUAGUAAUUUCCCAUUCGGCUUAUUUAGUUUAAAUAAUAACCAACGGCUCGAACAAAUGAAUGUUCACCAAGGGCAUCCUCGUUUCAAAAGUUAAUUGCAAGGUUUCUGGUGGUGACACGUCCUUGAUGACUCAUUGCUCAAGACUACCAGGAAGUCUAGCUUGCCAUCACGUCAUGAGUGAGAAGGCACAAGUCAAAUCCUUGAAGACAGCGUGUUUUUCUUUCUUGCUACAUGUGUGAUUUAUUUUCACAGAUGAUGUAAUCAUUCUUUGACCUUUCCAUUUUAUUUCAUUCUGUAAUUAAAAGCAUUGCGGCGCCAUGUUAACUAAGCUGAUGCCCUUUUAUAUCUGCAUAGUGUGAAGUUACCAGGACCUGUCUUAACAAAGAUUGUCUUUAGAUGUGUAAUUUAAAAAAAAAUUAUAAACCAAAUUUCAAUAAUUUGUUUAUGAGCAGGUGAAAAUGAAGUGGAAUAUACAACACAUAUAGAAAAUUUGGAAUGGAAUGUUGAAUGAUUGUCACUGUUAUGGACUAAUGAAGUCAAUGGUUGCAAAGUUAAAGACAAUGAAAAUGUUACGUUUUGCAGUUUUUCUAUUGUACCUAUUCAGAUCUACCAAGCUUUAUCAUUCAUUCCUAUUGUUGUUCAUUGUGCCAUACUUGGUAGAUCUUCCCACUUAUUGCCAUUACAUAUGUACAGAAAAAGGUGGGUGUUUGUGUAGAUGUUUGGCUGAAGCCCUUGUAAUUUGUAGUAUAAAAUGUACGAACCAGACUGCACUGUACAAAGAACUAUUCCACGGUCCGAUCCGUUUCUGGAGCUGUGUAUUACAGAUGCCAAUGUCUGAUGUUGUGACUGAAUGAAUUCUUCACAGGAUGGAGGAUUCCAGUGCAAGGAAUAUACUUAAUAAACCAUUCCAGCAGAGAAUAUAUUUUAGAAUGAGAUUUACCUAACUCUACCCUUUUAUCAUCACAGGUUUAUGCCCAAGAUCAAAUUAGUUCUUCAGUUUGACUGACAUUUCAAACGAGGUUGAGGUAUCUCGACGACCUUGAGUCAGUCAUAUCAUAAGGGAGAGAAUUGCCUCUCCCAUUUGGAGACUGGAGUGACACUCGGGUGUGUGAAAGACAUUGCCCCCCUUUAUCUCACUUGUUACCAUGCCGGGGGGAGCGAGGGGGGCAUAUUGUAACGAUUCUAUCACUGGAGUAUGUUUGGCAUGGUGUAAGGGUGCUUGCUGCUGUUUGAAUAGAUAGAUGUACCGUUUACACAACCACUUUUCCUAUCGAGACAGAUGUCCUAUCCAUCCAUUACGUGACACAAUUGCACCCAAUCCAGGGACCGGCUUUAGCAUGUUCGGCCAACAACUUUGGAUAGGCUGCAGGUUGAGGCUGAGGCAUCAUCGACAAGCUACUGGUCCGUUGCCCAGAAAUACAAUGCAUAGCGGGGGUUUCAUUUUAAUUAACAGUGUAAUUCAGUAGACUGUUUCCAACAAAUCCUCAGCAAUUUAUCCUCUACUAUGCUACACUUGGCAUUUACUGAGUGGCGAGAGGUAUCAUUGAGAGUGGCGAGAGGUAACGACACUCUGUGGUGAUGUGGUCAGUGGCGGACUGGCCAGGGUGUCAGCUUGCCCGAUGGCAAGUGGGCCCCUGAUGAAGUGGGCCCCCUUUGUCUCCUGGCAACCAAUAUUUUUAGACCCAGUCCGCCACUGGAUGUGGUGAUAAGAUAUUGUUUUUGAGAGCCACCAAAUGAAUAGAAAUGAAGAUAGAUUCAAACGAGGGCACUUGAUAUGUGAAGAGCUUGUUCCAAUCACUAACGUGACAAAGUUAGUAUCUAACUUUGUAUCUAAGUUAGUAGCUAACCAGAUAAUCAGACAGGUAACCAACAUCAAAGCUGGAGGAUGAAGAUCGAACAGCACCAUUUAACUGUGGGCCUCAAGGGUUCAGGCUUGCAGUCCUGGGCCACUGUCCUGGGCCUAUCCAAAGGCCUAAAGAAAAUUCCCUGUUGUCUACACGUUUCCACAUUUCCCUCCAAAAUAUCCAAAUUACGUACCCGUCCCACUUUAGUUGAACAGUGAGGAGAAUCCACCUAUUUUUAAUUUUCUUCCGACCGAUUUUCCCAUCCCUUGGCACCCAGCCGCGGUGCACAACACCUCAACUAUCGCCAUGCCCCCCCCCCCCCCCUCCCCUGAAGCCCCUCUGUUCCUGUUACACAGCGGCCUGCGUGACACACCCCUCGACUGCCGGUGCCUUGAAUUCCAGCCCUGCCACUCCUAACAGCAGGUUCAGAUGGAUCCUACUCUACCCAAGGAGGCCAGCUCAACAGGUUUGGCAUCUUGCUCCCAUCGGCCCCACGGGACUAACUGAAACGUUUGGUUGGAAAGGCAAGCAUCAACUCUAGCUCUGAGAGAAGUUGAUGAAAAAACUUUUAUCCUCACCGUCAGAUGACAUCUCAUUCAACUUUUGUUUCACCGAGUGUUCCUAGUGGCCGGCUGAACCACAGGAGGAACCAACUUGCAGUCCAUGAAUAAUCCCCCAACAAAAACAGCAACACGAGUUUGGCCACAAUCUGCUUGAUCCUUCUGGAUAAAGAAAGCAGCCAGGCUGUCGACUGCAGGACAGGAGGAACGAGGAUAAUGCAUUUGCCUUGAAAUUCAUCCCUGUCUGGCAGGGUCGCCCACUCUAUGUGAUGGUGCAUUGUACUUGGCCUCUGAAAUUCAUUCCAUUGGCUUCAGUUCAAUGGGACUGAAAUUCUCCGGGCAAACAGUGCAAUUGGCAGGGCCAAACAGGUAAGAAUUUCCAGGCCUUAUAUUUAAAAACAGAAAAUAUAUUAAAAGCUGCUACUUACAAAAUGUGACUAUUCUUUUCCACCUGUGGUAUUGUCGAAGGGACUUGGUUGUGUGUUCUACCAACACGCUGGCCCCUUCAACUCAGGAACUUGGAACCUUGCCUCAUCUCUUGAAAUGAAAAUCUGCUUCCUUGCCUCCGAGUUUCUGACGUGAAAUAAGUUUUGGCCCUCUGUGUCCAUUUCACGAGAAGCAAGAGCCAACAGCUGUAAUUAUCGUUAAAUUAGCAAUUUAACGUGAGAUAGGUCAUAGAGGAGAGGGGGGAAGGUAGGACAGGGUUAAGGAUCAAACGGUAUGGACAUAGAGGAGGCAUCAUGUUCAUGCCCCUGGAAUGCUAAAAGUGUUCAUUUGUCUUGCAAAUACUUGAACAUUAUUCCACAUCCCCUAGCACUGACACGCAUCACUUUUGAUGGGCAAAGAAAAAGCUGUUAACUUUCCUGGAUAUUACAAUGAACCUUCACAACUAAUGAUUGAACUGUUGAAUCAAAGCAGCAGGUUACACAUUGAACUCAAUCCUUGUUUUGACUCCUUCGGUUGCAGGGAGAGGUUGCCAACACUGAGCCAUAUUGGAUUUUUGAUAAAUGCUUUUAUUGUUGCAGAUUAUUACCGUUUAGAGGUUUCAGUAGCCAACUGGUUUGCAUAAGCCUUGUGCCCACUGUUUGAGAUUGUAUUUCCAAUUGGUUAAUUUUACUUGUGUAUCUGUGAUAAUUGUAUUUGGUGAAAUGUAUACAACUUCAGAAAAAAAUUUAAAUUGUUUCUUUUAUUCGUUUCAACCAUGUUAGCUGAAUGUUGAUUACAUUUCCUGUUACAAGGUAUUAUCUAGCUUAUAAGAAGUCAUUAAUCUUUUUAAUUUGAUUAAACUUGUCCAAUAGAUUCUUAAGUAGUGUAGUGAGGAUCUUUUGAAGUGUCAAAAAUGAAAGAAACUGAUGAUUUUUUAAUGUCUGCAGGAUAUUUUUUGUCUAGAAUUGGGAAGACAUGUUAUUCCCCUUCAAGUUUAAAUUAAAUAUAAAAAAAAUUUAAAUUAAA